AUGGAACCACGGAGCAACAAGCUCGACGCAGUGGAUUUAUGGGGGAAUGUGAAAAUCCCUAUGAUGGACUCAGAUGCUACCGAUGGAUGGAACAAGGUAGCCGGCGAUAUCAACAAGAUCCAGUAUUCAUCCUUAGUUGGGAUCCCCGUCAGUUACGACAAUCUUGGAGACGCAACAUUCUCGCUCGAGUCUAGUUACCUUGAUCUUGAAUGCCCAGAGGCCGACCGCUUUCUCGGGGGAGAACUCAGGUAUGCACCAAAAUGGUCAAAUGUUACAGACGUGUUUAUCAGUCCCACGACGGGGUCGAAUAACCCCAGGACAGACAAAUACCCCAACGGAACGUGGCACGGGUAUGACCACCGCAGGAACACCAGUGACUCGGGAUAUCCCCAAUGGGGCAUCGCAGUGGACAGGUUCGUCGAUCGUUUCUGGUUUGACGACGAGUCGCCGCGGCCGGAGAGCUACGACAACCCGUACCUAGACUGUCCGAUCGUGUUUACCAACGAAACAGGCAUGGACUUCAGUCCCGCAAAGCUCCUCCUUCGGCUAUCCCUGAGGGCCAGCUCGAUCCAAUACUGGAUGAUGGACGAAAUUGAAAUCACAUGCCACAUGAGUCAGAAAUAUGUCGAGUCUCGCAUUAGCUGCUCAAACGAAAAUGACAAACAUCGAUGCAAGGUGGUCGAACAGCGACGGUCCGAGAAGCGGCAUUCUCCAGAAAGCAUAUCGCACCUGUCAUUUCCACGAGCCUUCAACUACAUUGCUAGAGACUUACCUGCCGCGACGGGCAAGCAGCUCGCCGAUGCAACCGACCCCUCUGUAUUCUAUCUUGCACACCCGAUGUCUGUGAAUAUCUCGGGAUUUCCAGAUGUCAAGAUGGACCAACUCGACCUGCGCACAGUCGGGCCACGGCUUAGCCAGUUAAUCAACACGUAUAUAGCUAUCGGCCAGCGACCAUACAGUAUCGAGGAUAAUAACUUGGCACUUACCAUCACUUCCUUGGGAGAAACUACUACUAUAUUGAAGGACCUCUAG